GAAGUUAUGGUCGCAGAUGUAAUUAGCGGUGCACCUGGUGAACUUCGACAUCGCGCUGUGCGUGUAUACCAAGCCUGCCGUAACACCAUGCAAAGCGGUUCUGGCAAGUCCAACCGUUGGCGCAUAGAUUUCGAUAAUUUACCAGGAGGUGGUCGCUGGGAGAAUCCUCUUAUGGGAUAUUCUAGCUCAGCCGAUUACAUGCAAGGAACGCGUUUGACCUUCAGGAGUAAGGAAGACGCCGUACACUUUGCUGAGAAACAAGGAUGGGAUUAUUAUGUGCAAACCCCCACAGUCGAGAGGAUCCCACCCAAAAACUAUGCGGAGAAUUACGUUUACAGGCCCAGCACUCUCAGGAUUAUGAGGACGAAGUAG